AUGGCUUACGUAUUAUUAGUCAAUUAUAAUAUUAUUCCUUGUUUUUGUUUAGGCAAUGCGUUAUAUAUCAAAAUUGGUGACAAGGAAGUCGAGUACAAUGCAGACUUCAGAUUCUAUAUCACAACAAAACUUAGCAAUCCUCAUUAUACUCCUGAGAUCUCAACAAAAGCUUUGAUUGUAAACUUUGCUGUGAAAGAGCAAGGUAUAUUCUGGGAUUUUUUACUAAAAUAUUUUUAAAGUUGGAAUGCUGGGUUUGGUGCAUUCAACCAAGUGAAGUGCAUAACACAUCAUUCAAAUGUAAGUUAGCAUACCCCAGAGCCGCUAAGACGGGGCCAAACUCCACAGAAGGAGUACUGUAACUUGCUCCCGGCCUUCAACAUGAUAGGGGCAUCUGAGAAGCCACAAAAAUGAACGUGGUCUCUUUUCCAGUUUGGCUCCUCAAGAGUCUCGCCUUACAAGUGAAUUCGUCUAGAAUUAGACAAAGUAAGGUCACAGAUUAGGGCGUGAGGUGCCUUCCCUGUUAAGGUAAGGAAAUGGGAUAUUUAAUGUACUUCUGCCUAAAAACCAGCUACCACUAGUGAACCACCUGCAUUAAAAAGCUAUUCGCAUCAGGCCUCGAAUUUCCCUGAAAUCAAUCGACGGCAAUGGCGUUAAAAAUUGCUGUAGAAUGUAACAGCUGUCUACGGCAAUUUUGGCAGUUUCCGCGGCAUUUUUUCAAAAAAAAAAAAUAUUGUUUCUUUGGAUUGUUGAUAAGCUAGAAACAUGUUUACAUAUUUCUUUAGUGGGGUUUUUUCCGAAGAAAACUGAGACUAAAAUAGUAAUGUACGCAUGAUUUGAUCAACAUCUGAAUUCAAGUAUCAAAAUAGUAACAGUGAAUAGUAUAAAAAUUACACUAUACGGCAAAAAAUUGCCGUCGUUGCCGCAAUGAUCCACGGCAUUUUGUUCUCCCUCUACGGCAAUUUACGGCAAUUGCCGCGAUAAAAUUCAAGCCCUGAUUCGCAUCCAUAGACACACUAAUUUACAGAAUUGACAUGUCCCACAAAAUUGACAUAAUCCCAAUAACACACAUGCACAAGCUUCGUUAUACACCUUUGAUAAGACUCGUAUGUCUGUUUGAUGAUAUGUAGGUCUCGAAGCUCAGCUGUUGGGGAUUGUUGUACGAAAAGAACGUCCUGAACUAGAGGAACAGAAAGAUAACUUGGUUAUCAACAUUGCUGCGGGAAAGAAAAAAUUGGAAGAUUUGGAAGAUCAAAUAUUGAGGUACUAUAUAUAUAUAGGUUAUGGCUGGUCUAGUUUCAUGAAUGUCAUUCUCAUGUUCGUUUCCCCCAAACAAUUUUCUUUCAAUAUUAUUUAUUUAUUAAACUUAAUUUUUCACUUCAUUUUCUUCAUAUUCUUCUGUAAUCCAACUGGUUCGUAUCCUGGGAUUCUUGUCUAUCAUCUUAUUCUGCCCUUAUGGUUAAUUUGCUUAUUGAUAUUUGAUCUUCUGAACUUUUACAAACCCCAUCUUUUCUUCGUCUCUACAUCAUCUCCCUUUGUUACGUUUCUACGCCAUCUCACCCUUGCUUCCAUCACCUUCUCUGCGUCUUCUUCUGAUUUCCUAAUGUCUUUCAGUGAAAACCCAGUUGACAAUCAAUCUUAACAUACGUAACCCCAUUCUCGUCAGGUUUUCUAUUUUCUGCAUUGUUAUUAUUUACUGAGUUCUAAGUAUUAUUAAUUUUUAAUAUUCGUAGAUUAUUACAAACUGCCCAAGGAUCUUUGCUGGAUGACGAGGAGUUGGUGAACACGUUAAAUUCAUCAAAACAGACAUCACAAGAGAUUGGUGAACAGUUGCAAGUCAGUGAACAGACGGAAAUUAAGAUCGACGCAGCACGUGAAGUAGGUUUGAUUAACAUGUAAUUACGUUCAUCGUGGGCAUCUAUAUGCGGAACAAUGAUUAUUACAUAAGGGGGCAUCCAUAAUCAUCAACUUCAACAUUUGAGGGUCGAAAAAAGAGUGCUCUCUGUACGUUUGUGAAAAUGUUGAUAAUUAAAUAUAGACGACCUCUAAGCUUAGUGUUUCUAUCGUUCUUUUCUUUAAAUCUUUCAAACUUCCAUAUUAUGCAAAAUAAUCGUUAGAAAUCAUUAAAUCAUGUUUAGUCUAAACUAUCUUCAUCUACACUGAAUAACUCUGAGACUAUCAGUUCCAAACGUCCCUCCGUAGAGGUCCAUGUAGUAAGUGUCAUGAGGUAAGCGUAGUGCCUGACGAAAGCUUGCAGUAUUCGGUAAUGAGAUCAGUGUAUCUUUUAGGGUCAAACUGGACGCACUCUUUCUUACAUUCGACUGUGGUGAAAAUUUAGUCGGAAGGCAUACGUAAUGCACCCCGUAAUACAAUUCUGCUUUUAUGUGAUAACCAACAUUUCCAUCUUCGUUUUCCUAGGGUUACCGACCAUGCGCACAACGUGCCUCCAUCUUGUUCUUUGUACUCAAUGAUAUGGGUCGAAUUGAUCCAAUGUACCAGUUUUCUCUGGAUUCCUAUAUCAGUCUAUUUAAUUUAUCCAUUGAGAAAAGUCAACGAAGUCCACAACUGGAAAUACGAAUUCACAAUCUCAACGAAUACCACACUUAUUCUGUUUACAAGUAAGUGACACGAUCGAACCUCUGACUAACAGACACCAAAUUGAAAGUGCUGUCCUCUGGAUGGAGGUUGCGUUAAUAUUCAAAGAAUGUGAAAGCUGCGGGUUGACAGAGAUAUAACUACCCAAAAAUACAAGGAGAAUUGUAUUUUCAGGUAGUACGUACUUCAUCCCAUAGAUAUCUUAUAUACACUAGAUAGUGCAUCUAAUUAUUCCACAAUUCAAAAAUUGAAGCCGUGAUUGCAGACUCAGGAUAUUCCCAUGAAAUGAGAAGAUUCGUAUGUUUUCUUAAACACGGAACUUAAAUAUUAAGGUACACCUAUUCCAAGUACAUUUUUAAACUAUUCAAAUGAUGAAAGUUAUUGUUGUUUUUUAAGCGUUUAUUAGCGAGUGGGAAACUCCAACAUGACCGCCAUCUAUUCAAAUGGGGGUAACCGCUGGAAUAUUCUUGGCUUCAAUUUUACUAAAAGAGAUGCGCUAUCUGGUGUAUAUAAGAUAUCUAUGCUUUAUCCCUAUCAAUACGAAGCUUUCUUAUUAAUGCCACUACUACCUACGCUGACACAGACCAUUCAAAUUUCGUUCGAGAUUUCAAUAACCGAUCCUCGUUGCAAAUUGUUUCACAGUUUAAGUACUAGAUAAAACAUGAGCAGCCGAUCUGUAUCUGAUAUACUGUACACACUCGAGCCGAAGGCGAAGUUUGUAUAUCAGAUACAGAUCGGAUGCGAAUAAUGUUUUAUCGUACUUAAAAAACGAUCCAUCUUAUGAGUUUAUUGGCGAAGUAAUUUUAAAAAUAAACAUUGUCUAAGCUGAGAAAAUUAAAGCUGAAGUUUAUGUAAAUCAGGACAAAUCUUUAUCCGAUUUACAAACAUUGAUUAAACAUUCAUUUCUUUUGUAUUUUCCUCGUGAAUUAUUAAUGAGUUAUUUUAUUAAAAAUAAUUUGUUGACACAACAUAUUGUAUCAUUUGGCUUCAUUGUUUCUCUACUUUAUUUUUUUGUAAUUAUUCGAAUGAUAUCAAAGCUCUCUUUUAAUAUUAUCACUAUUUCUUCAACAUAUCAAUCAUUCAUUCUUUCAGGUUCACAUGCAGAGGAUUAUUUGAACGUCACAAAUUGUUGUUCUCAUUUCAAAUGUGUGCUAAAAUUCUUGAAGCAGCUGGAAAAGUUAACAUGGACGAAUACAAUUUCUUUUUACGCGGUGGAGUGGUAGGUUAUUUGUCAUACAAAUUCAAGAUGCAAUUGACCUACUGUUCGCAAAACUUCUGUUUUGAAAACAAAACACGAUUAAUUUGAAAUGAAAUAAAUUUGAUUAUAGAUUGUGCAUAGGAAAUUUUCAUUUGGAUAUAGAAAUAUUCCCUUCAAUGUAACGCAACAUGACACUUACUUGUAUUUAUUAUAUAAAGUAUAGUGCUUUAUGUACUAUUAGUAAAAAAACGAGCAGGAGUGUUUUAUUAGGUUUAAAGCUACGAGCGCGCAGCGCGAGUGGCUUUAGACCUAAUAAAACACGACCUGCGAGUUUUUUAAAUGGCUUCAAAAACGUUUGCAUAAGUCAAAUCUUUCUAUAAAAAUCUUUAUGUAAAAACCUUUAUAUAAAAAUCUUUAUAUAAAAAUCUUUAUAUAGUUUGCAUAACAAUGGUCUUUUGUUAAAGUGUUCUUUAGCUGGUAUAAAAACGUAUGCACGUGACUAAUUUCUUACUCAAGAUUGGAUAAUUGCUUCAUGAAUUAUUAAUGAGUUUUUGAAAGAGAUUUCGAGCACUGAUAAAAGUGAUAAUCUCACAUGUGAGAUUAUUUAUGAUAAUCUCACAUGUGAAAAUUUUCGCUUUUCAAUUCUCGCUUUUCUGUAAAAAUUAUCGCUUUUCAAAGACUGUCCUUUAUAUAAUAAACAUAAAAAUACAUGGGUGCUUGGAAAUACCAGAUUUAUUUCUCGUGUUGAACAUGAUAUCUCACUCGUUCGCUGCGCUCACUCGUGAGAUAUCAAGUUCAACACUCGAAAUAAAUCUGAUAUUUCCAAGCACCCAUGUAUUAUUCUCUAUAUAAUUCACUGCAACAAGUAUAAUAUGUUUCAGGUUCUUGAUCGAGAAGAACAGAUUGAUAAUCCCUGUCCAGGAUGGCUCACAGACAUUGCUUGGGAUAACCUAACUGAACUUGACAAGUACGUACACAAGGAAGUAUAUUUGUACACUUGCAGUAGCUGCUUUUUUUACUCAAUUUUUUUAUUUUUAAGGUUACCUAAUUUCCAUGGAAUUGUGACGUCAUUUGAACAGUACCCACGUGAUUGGAAUAUCUGGUUCACUAGUGCAGAGCCCGAAACUACACCUUUGCCAGGUUAAUAUGUAAUAUGUAUAAUUAAUGAUACAGGGUGAACGGGUUAUUAGUAGAUUCCCCAUAACGCCGAUUUUUUUAACCAACUUCGAAAUGUUUGAAAAUCAGAUAAUAAUACUGCUUUUGAUAUCAAUUGAUAUAUUUCUUUCGAUAUCAUUUGGGUUUUUUACCACUUUUUCAAAGUAACGUUUCACCAGCUGAAAAAUUCUUAUUUUUUAAAAUUAUUAAUGAGUUUGUGAGAAGUAUUGUUUUAAACAACUGAUAAUUUACCUAUAUAAUUUGUUAUGUUGAAUAUACACAAUGCAAACACAACUACAGACUCUGUAUUUUGCGGUUGAUUAGGAGACAUCUUUUCCUAGUGUUGCACAAGGUUUAGAAACCGUAUCUUGAUACCACGGUAAUAAAGUCCAUAAAAUAACUCAACCUUCGUAUUGAAUUUCUCUCUGAAUACUAGCGCCUUUUUUCAACACACAUUUCGUUAUUUCAAGUUACUCUGAUAGACUCCCACUGGUGCCUGAUUUAUUACUUGAUAGAAUUUCGUUUCUGUUCGCAGGGGAGUGGGAGAACGCGUGUAAUGAACUUCAACGAAUGUUGAUUGUUCGAUCUUUAAGACCAGAUAGAGUGUCAUUUACUGCAACUUCAUUUAUCAUCAACAACCUUGGAUCAAAGUAAGUGAAGUAUUUAAUGUAUUUAAAGUGUUCCCAAUGGUCAACUUCAGGCCCAUAGACUCAGGUUAUUUAUGUAAAUAUAAUCGGUCGAAUCGUAGGUACUGUCCAAGGGGAUUAUCACCCCUUGGUUCAGGUCUAUGUCAGAGGGGGUCGCUACCGUUCGGGCAGAGCUCCUAUGGAGCAUUCAGUCUCUCCUAGCAGGUCUUAUAUAUACGCCUGCGGGAUGAAAACAUAAGGCUUAAUGAGUCUUUGGGUUGACCAGAGUUUGAGAGUAUAAUGUAUAUAAUUGGUUCACUUCACCCUGAACCCAUUCUCCCACAAUGAUUUGGUGUGUGUUUUACUUAUUUCCGGGCCGUUCUUUCACCUAACGUGCUUGAAUUAUUAACAAAAAAUGAUAUCAUGUUGAGAUAAUUGAAAUCACAUUGUUUUGUUUUCAUGAAAUUUUGAAGCCGUUUAUUUUUUGAAUACCUGGACUAAUUUUAAAACUUAAAAUAGGCGUGUUUCACAAUUAUACACAGUAGUUCUAAUUUUCAACAAGAUAUUUAAAUAUAGUAAAAGUAGUAUAAAGUACAAAAUCUUAUACAAGUUGAGCAAAUACGAUGGAAGCUGUACAUAUAACUGAAAUUUUGCUACUACAUCUGGAGCAUGCAUGUUGUAUAAAAGUAUAGUUAAAAUAUAAUAAGUGCGAAAGUUAACCAAGAGAAUCGUGUAUUUUAGAGUUAACCACUAUUUAUAACUACAAAAUAGAUAGUUAGAAAGUAGUAUAAGAGUUUUACAUAACCGGGAUUUUUGCUUGGCGGCUUUGGAGCGGUUCUUUUAAAACUUUGCAAUUCACUAUUAGCAUGCAGUGUGUCGAUCUUGUCAGUCAUUUUGAUCAUCAGUGCGAUAAAUUCGCGUUUUUGUGAAAAUCGACGUCUAUUGUCUGUAUAAAACGUCGCAGAAUCCUUUUAAUGUCACCUCAACUCAAAAUCCUAAGUAUGAUAUUUACUUUGUGCAGGUUUGUUGAACCUCCAGUGUUAGAUAUGAGUUCCGUGGUAGAAGACUCAACAACAAGAAGUCCUCUUAUAUUUGUUCUCUCUCCUGGUGUGGUAAGUCAAACAUCCUCAUGCUUCGUUAAGGUUGUUUUGGGGUCGGACAGUUGAUCUGAGAAUGGAUCGAAAUGAGCACUUCAAACCACAAUAUGAAAAGGCAGGACUCUAUUCAUGUCGAACAACAAAUACAAUUUAUGGAAACUAUAUACAACUCACAAUUAUAACAACUACAAUAAUGUCGUGCCACAGAUGUACGCUUAUAGUACCAACGGAAACUGUUAAAUUUAAGUUGGUCUUAUUUUAUUUGGAUGAUGUAGGAUCCCACUAGUGCUUUAAUUCAACUUGCUGAGAAAUGUGGAAUGAGUGAACGUUUUCAUGCACUUUCACUUGGUCAAGGUCAAGCACCGAUUGCAACCAGAAUGAUUAAAGAAGGUGUCAAAGAGGUAAUGACUGUUGUUUAAGUACUGUGUCCACAAGACAGUUGCUCAAGGUGUAAAAUUGUUUUCCCACAGAUUUUGCUCAUCCCGCACGUUCUUGAAUUCUCGCCAAUUUCUUCCUUUCAUCCCGUUUUUCGCUAUACUAAUUAUAUAAACGGUGUCUCCCGAGUGUAUAAGGAAGCUACUUUGCAACUUCACAUCUAAAACUUCCGCUACCUCUCACAGGCUUAAUACGCAUUUGAUUGGGUAAUCGGGUAGAGGAAAUGCAUGUGAUUGAUUAAUGGUAAUGUAGCGGAAGUCAAAAUCUGAACCUGUCUAUACUGUCGUGCAGCAGACGAUAGUGAACCUGAUCUAAAGUUUAUCACCUUUUUCUACCGUAUAAUGCUUAAUUACUGAAACCUAUAUAUUAAAGUUAACUAUAGUUAGUGGAAACGUCAUCCAAUAAGAAGCGCCUAUUUGAGAGUUAAUCACUAUUUAACUACAAAAUAGUGAUUAAAAAAGUGAUUAAGAGUUUUAUACAACUGGCCCCUGGUCUCUUACUUAUCGUGAAAUCUGACUCAUUUAUUAAACAUACUAUUUACUCAAAUUAAAUACAGGGUAACUGGGUAUUCCUGGCAAACUGUCAUUUAUCUCUGAGUUGGAUGCCACAACUUGAUAAACUAGUGGAACAGUUACAAGUAGAAAGUCCCCAUCCUGACUUUCGACUGUGGCUGAGCAGCAGUCCUCAUCCAGAGUUCCCCAUUUCUAUACUUCAAGUUGGAAUUAAGAUGACCACAGAACCACCCAAGGUAAAGAUGUACAUGUCCUAUCAUGGUCAAUGUAAGCGAAUUGUGUGGUGUUAAAGUAUGUGAAAUAAAAGUCUCAAUUUUAGUUUGAUAUUGUGACCAAAACGAUACGCACAUUGCUCAAACGUGACCAAUCUAAAACAAUUGGGCUCUUUCGCGAAGAAUGUGCAACUGAUUUACUUUAACGUGCUUAUUUUACGAUCCAGGUUCGAUAGCAUGCUUCUUAAGGCCUGUUUAAACGGAUCCAACAUUGUUGGACCAACAUCAUCCAACAAUGUUACUAUACUAGAUAUGACUGCUUCUCUUUCAAAUCUUUUUGGUUAGAUAAGCUUUACUCAAACCCUAAACCUAGUCUUGACAAAAUAUUUGAAAAAGAAGCCGUUUGAGCCAUUAUUUCAACAAUGUUGGAUGAUGUUGGCCCAACAAUGUUGGAUCCGUUUAAACAGGGCUUAAGUUUAAAGAUUUCGGCGAGAUUGGCGGCAAAGAUUUCGCCAAACAACAAAACAUACAAACAGAAUGAUUUACAUUGUCAAAGAAGGUUAGUGGUCAAUACUAAUACUCGUAUAUUUAUUUAAACUUCAGGGAUUGAAAGCAAACAUGAAACGUCUAUAUCAAUUGGUGACAGAACAACAGUUUACUCGUCGUCAAAAGCAAGACAAAUACAAGAAAUUGCUUUUCGCCCUGUGUUUCUUCCACAGUGUACUUCUUGAACGUAAAAAGUUCUUAAUGUUAGGCUGGAAUAUCAUGUAUGGUUUUAAUGACUCAGAUUUUGAGGUAAGUGUAGAAUUCUCGCGACAGGAAAGAAGGCAUGGCAGAUAAGAGGGCGUGGGGGUUCGGUAGCGCAGUCGUCAGAGAAGCACUUUUCAUCUCUGAGUUUGACAGGAAAGAGGGCGUGGGGGUUCGGUAGCGCAGUCGUCAGAGCAAGCACUUUUCAUCUCUGAGUUCGACAGGAAAGAGGGCGUGGGGGUUCGGUAGCGCAGUCGUCAGAGC